AGGCAUCUGUUGAGGUUAUCAAUAUAGAGAAGACCACCACAAGAAGCAACCAUGCCAACAGAAGGAGGAAAAACGGAUAUGGAGAGGACUGGCCUCUUCAGUGAGAUGGGAUAUAUCUCUGUUGGUGAUAAAUAUGUGUCACAAUUUAAUCGACCCUUUAAUGAGGCUGCAAGCAAAAAUAGACAGAUGCUAUCUGGGGGAUCCAAAAUAUUGUCAGAUCUCCAGGCAGGUUAUUUUGAUCCCCAUUUUGAAAGGAUUUUUGAAGGUGAAGGCUACGUAAAUCUGAAUCAAAUGAGGAGACGGUAUAUGAUGGAAGAAGCCAAAAAAAAUCUAGGCAAAGCCUUCCUCCCUAGUAGUGGAGAUAAAAAGCCAUGUGGAUUAGGAAGCUACUACGGAACAAUUGGUGGUCCAGUUCCAUUCUUCAGUGCACUGUCAAAACCCAGAGAAAAAUAUCAGGCACCUGGAAAGAAUUUAUACACAAACCCAGGAAAGAAAGGAACUGGAUAUGGCUAUGCCAAUGUUACCAUAGGUAAACAGUUUUCACACUCUGCUGAUUUCUAUGAUGCACCAAAACUAAAUUAUAAGCGAGAUAAUGAAGAACACCUUCGCCUACUUAAAGGGUCACCUUUCAAGUUAAAUCUUUACCCAAGGGAAUAUUUUGACAGUAAUCCUUAUUUUUCGGAGAAACCUUUACCACCAAUUAAAAAAGAAGAAAAGAAAGUAUUACUUUCAGUCCCCUUUAAACCCUCUUCUCCUGGUAAAAAGGAUGGUGGAAUGAAGGCAGGAACAUUUGACCCUUACCCAUCACAUUCUGCUGACCCUUAUGUGGUUAAAUUGGCAAAGCACAUUUCCAGAAAAGAUGAAAAAAUUUUCCAUCCUCCAAGUGGACCAAAAAGCAGACCAGUUGAAAGUAUAAUGACUUUGAAUGUCAGAAGGUAG